AUGGCCUCCCACCGCAUCGGCGCGCGCGUCGCGGGCCUCUCGCCAGCGCAGCUGUGCGCCAUCAUCGAGGCGCAGGCGGGCGCGAGCGACGCCGCGCUGCGCGUGGCGGAGGAGCACGCCGCUCGGCUCGUGGAGCAGCCCGAGUGGGUCCUCUCCGAGGUCCUCCUCUCGCCGGACCUCGCCCCGCACAUCCUCGCCCAGCUGCCGACCAAGGAGCACGCCGCCAAGGGGACUGGAGUGGGCUUAGUCUUAGGCGCGGGUGCGGCGGCGGGCGGGUAUCGCUUCUCCCAGCGCGAGGACGGCGGGCAUCACAGCAGCGACGGCGAGGCCGCGGGUGCCGCCACCGCCGCGUUCAUGUCGAUGAAUGGCGGCUCCUCGCUCGGCGCCUAA